AUGACAAAGAACAUUGCCCUGGAAAUCUCUUGGGUCUGGGUAGCAGUGUCUAGCUAGGCUCCUCCAAAGCUUUUCUGACCCAACCUCCAACAUAAUCCUUUACUUAUAGAUAAAAGGGGAUAAAGCAACACUAUAUGGCCACCUCCAAAUUGCUGUCCUCUGAGAUGGGUGUAUCUCCUUUUUCAGCUGUGACACACAGCAGGAAAAGGCUCUGUGCCCGAGAUAAGAAUACCAGAUAACUCACUGACCCAUCAAUGCAUACACGGGCACCAGAGGAGGGAGAUGGAAUCAGAAUCAAAAUGACUCUGGGAGUGUGAGACCUGGCAUCCUACCACCUCCAAGAGUUUGCAGUUCUCAUGGGGAAUGGGGACAUUACUUGCAGGUGAUAAGAACUCCACGUGUGGCAGUUAUUGCCUUCUUUCCAUUGUUGAGACCAUCUCUGUCUGGUCGUUAGACCCCAGAACCCUCCAGGCUGGCUUUUUUUUUUUUUUUUAAUAGCUCUUAGAAGUCCCUUCACCUUGAGGACAAGAUUUUAGAGGAAUGGGGGAGGGGGCAAAGAUGCCUAUGGCAACAGCUGGAGAGACCAAAGCAGUACUACAUGUUCUUCACUCCCUGACAGGAUGGCAGGAAGGUACCCCUCCAACUUCCCACAGAGAAGAAAGCAACCUAGUCUGGCUGAUAGAAGAGCUCUGAAAAUUCAAAUUUCCCUUUUCUCACCAGUUCCCAGCCCUUUCCUUUCUAAAGGUUUGAGUUUACAUCAAUACUUGAUAGUAUAAAAACACAUGGCCACAAGAAGACAAUGGCUGAGAAGGUGAAGGCUUAGUUCCUAAAGUAGGUCCAGGGAGGGUAGAAUUAGGGAGAUGUUUGGACCUUGGAGAAGGGAUUGGAAAAGCUGUUCAUAAUUCAUCUUUACCUUCAAUCAUUUAAAAUCACCCAAAUGAGUAUACAGCAUGAACACUGUCCCCUCCUGAAUUUAGCCAGUACUGACCACACCACAGAUGAGAAACUAGGUAACAGCAGCUCUGGGGGAUGGGAGGAGUCAGGGUCUAGCCUUGCCCAGACCUCCCCGUUUCCAAUUUCUCUGUGUCAGCUGUGCCGCUCAGCUGUCCACUUCCCUCCAGCACUGUCAUUCCAGCUCUGACACCAAGGCAAGAGGCUAGGUCUACAAAUACUGUCUGGUAGCCGGUGUGAGUUCAGAGGGCACUGGGGGGGGCUUAGCCCCCAAGGAAGAGGACCAGUCUUCCUCCAGUGCCACCAUCAAGACUGCAGGGGCUCUUCUUCCCUCCACAGACGACUUACAGGGAGUCCCAAACGAUGACAGAAAAGAAGGUGCUGGAAUCCCCUAAGCCCUCCCCAGCAGAAACUCGGCAAAGUGGGCUACAGCGGCUGAAGCAGUUAUUCAGGAAGGAGUCUACUGGAACAAAGGAGAUGGAGCUUCCCCCAGAGCCCCAGGCCAAUGGGGAGGCAGUGGGAGCUGGGGGUGGGCCUAUCUACUACAUCUAUGAGGAAGAGGAGGAAGAAGAGGAGGAGGAGGAGGAGCCACCCCCAGAACCUCCUAAGCUUGUCAAUGAUAAGCCCCACAAAUUCAAAGAUCAUUUCUUCAAGAAGCCCAAGUUCUGUGAUGUCUGUGCCCGGAUGAUUGUGCUCAACAACAAAUUUGGGCUUCGCUGUAAGAACUGCAAAACCAACAUCCAUGAACACUGUCAGUCCUAUGUGGAGAUGCAGAGAUGCUUCGGCAAGAUUCCCCCUGGUUUCCAUCGGGCCUACAGCUCCCCACUCUACAGCAACCAGCAGUACGCUAGUGUCUCUGCUGCAAAUCGUAAUGACCCUGUGUUUGAAACCCUGCGCACUGGGGUGAUCAUGGCAAACAAGGAACGGAAGAAAGGACAGGCAGAUAAGAAAAAUCCUCUAGCAGCCAUGAUGGAAGAAGAGCCAGAGUCUGUCAGACCAGAGGAAGGCAAACCCCAAAAUGGAAACCCUGAAGGGGAUAAGAAGGCUGAAAAGAAGACACCUGAUGACAAACACAAGCAGCCUGGCUUCCAGCAGUCUCAUUACUUUGUGGCUCUCUAUCGGUUCAAAGCCCUGGAGAAGGACGACUUGGAUUUCCCGCCUGGAGAGAAGAUCACAGUCAUUGAUGACUCCAAUGAGGAGUGGUGGCGGGGGAAAAUAGGGGACAAGGUCGGAUUUUUCCCUCCAAACUUCAUCAUUCGUGUCCGGUCUGGAGAACGUGUGCACCGGGUAACAAGAUCCUUCGUGGGGAAUCGUGAGAUAGGACAGAUCACUCUCAAGAAGGACCAGAUCGUGGUGCAAAAAGGAGAUGAAGCUGGCGGCUACGUCAAGGUCUACACUGGCCGCAAGGUGGGGCUGUUCCCCACCGACUUCCUGGAGGAGAUUUAGGUGUGCAGGCGCCUGAUGGCGGGAGAUACCCAUGUUGGAUUCUGGGCAGGCCCAGCAGAGGUUGGAGAGGAAAGGGGUGAAAGCAACUAUACCUCUGAGUAAGGGAGGAAUCGGAAAGCCCGCCAGAGCAUGACGGGGCUCCUGGAAAGGGACUGGUUCCCGCCCUCCUCCCUCGGCCUAUGCCCUCGGAUACUGGUGCCUAGAACAGCCUUUGAGAGCUGGAAAAAAAAAUGCGUUUCCACUAGGAGGCGCUCUGGGGUGCGGGGGCGGGUGGGAGGCGAACUGUUGAAUGUUGUGAAUUUAUUAAAGUUUUGACAAAAGUUAGAA